UUACACAAACACAACAACCAGCUCCGCAACCAGCUCCACAACCAGCUCCACAACAACCAGCUCCGCAACCAGCUCCACAACCAGCUCCACAACCAACUCGACAAGCAGCUCCACAACCAGCUCCACAACCAGCUCCGCAACCAACUCCGCAACCAGCUCCACAACCAGCUCCGCAACCAACUCCGCAACCAGCUCCACAACCAACUCCGCAACCAGCUCCACAACCAACUCUGCAACCAGCUGCACAACCAGCUCCACAACCAACUCCACAACCAACUCCAGGACCACAGCAAACUCCACUGCAAUCACAACCACAAUCGCAGCCAGAAUCAACUCAACCUCAACAACAAUCAAUUCAAACUCAAUCACAACUAACUCCAACUCUACAACAGCAAUCGAAUACACAACUUACAACACAAUCGGCUACGCCGCAAUCGGCUACACAACAAUCGGCUACACAACAAUCGGCUACACAACAAUCGGCUACACCGCAGUCGGCUACACCACAACCGAUUACACAACCAAUUUCGCAGCAACCUUCGAUUUUACAACAGACUACACAACCAUUGACUUCACAACAAUCAAAUCCAAAACAACCGACUCUACAACUAUCGGCCUCAUCAAAAUCGAAUUCACAGCAAAUAUAUGAUGGUCUUACUACAAAAUCAUCAUAUGUCCCCCCUGCCCCUCAACCUUCCAAUUCGCCUGUAAUUGAUUUGUACUCUUAUAAACAUGUCACAAAAAAUGUUGAUGUUUGUUCACAUAAGAAAGACUGUCAAACUGAUCCCACUCAAAAAGUUGGAGUGACUAUAACUUCAGAAGAUCAUGACAGGCAUACUCAAACUAUUGCACCUCCCAACGUCGAUACCAAUACAAUAACUGCAUUUACAACCACUAUCUACACAGAAACAAUUGUACAAGUUUAUCCUGGUUAUACGACGACUAUAACCACUACUGAUAGUAAUGGUGAAUUAACAACCUAUACAACUUACUAUCCACCGAGUACUGUCAUUGUUCUUCAAACUGUUACUGGUCUUGUACCUUUAGGUUAUCAGGUUUCUGAUGAUGUAAAUGAUGCAAACAGAUUAGGUGAUUAUAGUUUGUUUAAUCGGAAAAAUGAUGGAUUAGUUAGUGUGGUUUUAAGUUUAUGGAUUAAAGAUUUACGUUCUAUUGUAAAGACAUGUCGAAAGUUUUUACAAUAG